AUGGCCCAAGGGCGCGGCGGGCCUGGCGCGCCCGCGGGCGGCGGCGGCGGCGGGCUCGCCGGCUGGCUGGGCGUGGACAAGCCGUCGAGCACGUACGACCUCGUGGAGCAGAUGUUCUUCCUGUACGUGCGCGUCGUCAAGGCCAAGGACCUGCCCCUGAACCCCAUCACCGGCGCGCCCAUGGACCCCUACGUCGAGGUCCGCCUCGGCAACUACAAGGGCAAGACGCGGCACUUCGACCGCCGCGCCAACACGGAGUGGGACCAGGUGUUCGCCUUCUCCAAGUCCCGCGUCCAGUCCAACGUCCUCGAGGUCUUCCUCAAGGACCGCGAGAUGCUGGGCCGCGACGACUACGUCGGCAAGGUCACCUUCGACCUCGCCGAGGUGCCCACGCGGGUGCCGCCCGACAGCCCGCUGGCCCCGCAGUGGUACCGCCUCGAGGACCGGCGCGGCGAGGGGGGCAAGGUGCGCGGGGAGCUCAUGCUGGCCGUCUGGAUCGGGACGCAGGCCGACGAGGCGUUCCCGGAGGCGUGGCACUCGGACGCCGCGGCGGUGCGCGGCGAGGGCGUCGCCAGCGUGCGCUCCAAGGCCUACGUGUCGCCCAAGCUCUGGUACCUCCGCGUCAACGUGAUCGAGGCGCAGGACGUGCAGCCGCAGGAGCGCGGCCGCGCGCCGGAGGUGUUCGUCAAGGCGCAGGUGGGGAACCAGAUCCUCAAGACGUCGGUGUCGCCGGCGCCCACGCUGAACCCGCGGUGGAACGAGGACCUGCUCUUCGUCGUCGCCGAGCCGUUCGAGGAGCAGCUGGUGCUGACGGUGGAGGACCGGGUGUCCCCGCGCAAGGACGACCUGCUGGGACGCGUCGUGCUGCCGCUAACGCUCUUCGAGAAGCGGUUGGACCACCGACCCUUCGUGCAGUCCCGCUGGUUCGACCUCGAGAAGUUCGGCGUCGGGGCGGCCAUCGAGGGCGAGACGCGGCGGGAGCUCCGGUUCGCCAGCCGCGUCCACGUGCGCACCUGCCUCGAGGGCGCCUACCACGUCAUGGACGAGUCCACCAUGUACAUCAGCGACACCCGCCCCACGGCGCGGCAGCUGUGGAAGCCGCCCGUCGGCGUGCUCGAGGUCGGCAUCCUCGGCGCCGCCGGGCUGCAGCCCAUGAAGACCAUCGACGGCCGCGGCACCACCGACGCGUACUGCGUUGCCAAGUACGGCCAGAAGUGGGUGCGCACGCGCACCAUGAUCGGCACCUUCGGCCCCACGUGGAACGAGCAGUACACGUGGGAGCCGGCGAGGACGCCCGCAUCGGCAAGAUCCGCAUCCGGCUGUCGACGCUGGAGACCGACCGCGUCUACACGCACGCGUAUCCGCUUAUCGCGCUGCAGCGGUCCGGGGGUGAAGAAGAUGGGCGAGCUCCGGCUCGCCGUGCGCUUCACCUACCUCUCGCUCAUCAACAUGGUGCACCUCUACACGCAGCCGCUGCUCCCCAGGAUGCACUACCUGCACCCGUUCACGGUGAUGCAGCUGGACGCGCUCCGGUACCAGGCCAUGGGCAUCGUGGCGGCGCGGCUGGGGCGCGCGGAGCCGCCGCUGCACCGGGAGGUGGUGGAGUACAUGCUGGACGUGGAGUCCCACAUGUGGAGCAUGCGGCGGAGCAAGGCCAACUUCUUCCGCGCCGUGUCGCUCUUCUCGGGCUUCGCCGCCGCCGCGCGCUGGUUCAGCGACGUGUGCCACUGGAAGAACGUGGCCACGACGGCGCUGGUGCACGUGCUGCUGCUCAUCCUGGUGUGGUACCCGGAGCUGAUCCUCCCCACCGUCUUCCUCUACAUGUUCCUCAUCGGGCUGUGGAACUACCGCCGCCGGCCGCGCCACCCGCCGCACAUGGACACCAAGAUGUCGUGGGCCGAGGCGGUGCACCCGGACGAGCUGGACGAGGAGUUCGACACGUUCCCGACGUCGCGGCCGCAGGACGUGGUGUACAUGCGCUACGACCGCCUGCGGAGCGUGGCCGGGAGGAUACAGACGGUGGUCGGCGACAUGGCCACGCAGGGGGAACGCCUGCAGUCGCUGCUCAGCUGGCGCGACCCGAGGGCGACGUGCCUCUUCGUCAUAUUCUGCCUCCUCGCAGCGGUGGUGCUCUACGUCACGCCCUUCCGCAUCGUCGCGCUCGUCGCGGGGCUCUACGUGCUGCGCCACCCGAGGUUCCGGAGCAGGCUGCCUUCCGUGCCCAGCAACUUCUUCCGCCGCCUGCCGUCGCGCGCUGACACCAUGCUUUGA